AUGGAGACUGAUGAGCAAAGUGCUAAGGAAUCUGACGACGAAAAACCAAAUGAAACUAACGUCAAUGAAAUUAUUAUAAAUGUUUCAGAGAAGGUUUUAUCGGUCAGAAGCGAAGAAAGUAUCCUUCGUGAAGCAUCUGAGGAAAUUGAAAACAUUGUGAAAGCAAGUUUGCAUGGAACAGGAUCUGAAGAUUUAAGUGUUGAUGAAUCUAAUAAACAUGAUAUUGCAGAUUGCCCACGACAAAUAGAAUUAAAGAAACAGGUUCUGAAUGGAGAAAUUACACCAUUUCAAGCAAUCGCAAAACAAUCAGAUUCAUUAAAAGCUAAAUGGACAUUUGGUAAAUCAUCCGAUUUGCUUGAUCUUGAAAAAUAUCUUCAACAGCAGGCUGAGCUUGCUAAACAGAGAAAAGAGCUAAAGGAGAAGUCAAAAGCAUCUGUUCACAGAGAUCAAGCAGUUCCUUUAAAAAAAUCAAAAUUAUCAAGCAGCAGCUCUAAAGAAUAUAAAAUUCUAGAACAAACGAAAUCUAAAGGCACUAAAAGAAAAGUGUUACUUGAAGUUGAAAAAACCAAAGAUUUAAAUCAAAAUGAUGGUAAUAAUAUUUAUAGACUGAAUGAAGUAAAUGAUUCUGUCACAGACAGAAGCCAUUCUAGAAACACCUUGAUUUGUUGCAAUACUUCAAAAGAUAAUACACAAGAGGCAGUCAAAGGUACAGAUAUUUCAGAAUCUGUAGAUAUAGAAAAUAACUCUGGUAGUGAUUAUGUUCCAAGUGAUGAACAAAUUGAUUCGGAAGAUGAAAUGCCAUCUUCAAAAAAGAAAAAGACUGCUACAAAAUCUGGUCAUAGGAAAAGGGUCUUCGAUGAUGGAGAUGAACAAAUCUACAGACAGAGGGUGGAGGAAAGUGGGCAUCAAAAACCUAAGUCAAUGCAUAAAAUAGAUAAUCUAUUUAAAGUUCCGCAAUCUAUAUGGAAAAAACUAUACAAAUAUCAAAGAAUAUCUGUGCAAUGGCUGUGGGAACUACACUGUCGCAAUCUGGGAGGUUUAUUGGGGGAUGAAAUGGGACUGGGAAAAACCGUACAAGUUAUCGCGUUUCUUGCAGGUUUGGAUUGCAGCGAAUUACUUUCUGAUGGUGAAAGAUUUAGAGGAUUAGGACCAACUAUAAUUGUGUGCCCAGCUACAUUAAUGGAACAGUGGGUAAAGCAUUUCCACGACUGGUGUCCUAUUUUAAGGGUGGUUGUUCUACAUCAAUCUGGAACUUAUAAUGGUGAUCUGGAGUACUUAAUACAUUCCUUGAAAUCUGGUGGUAUAUUGAUUACUUCUUAUUCCGGAAUGCUCAAGCAUAAAGACAUACUUGUAGCCAAUCAAUGGCAUUAUGUGAUUCUUGACGAGGGACAUAAGAUCAGGAAUCCAGAGGCAAAAAUCAGCAAGGCGGUAAAAGAAUUCUCGACACCACAUCGACUGUUACUGACCGGCAGUCCAAUGCAGAAUUCUUUGAAGGAAUUAUGGUCUCUUUUUGACUUCAUUUUACCAGGAAAAUUAGGCACUUUACCUGCAUUUCUGGAGCACUGCGCUGGCCCCAUUACACGCGGAGGAUAUGCAAAUGCUUCUCCUCUGCAGGAAGCUACCGCGCUUCAGGUUGCCACAAUGCUCAGGGAUGCUAUUACACCGUACAUGCUCAGGAGAACAAAAAAUGAUGUUCAAGAUCAUGUUUGUUUACCAGAAAAGAAUGAGCAGGUAUUGUUCUGCAGUUUAACGGAAGAACAAAAGAACUUGUACAAGCAAUACUUAAGAUCCGAGGAUGUCUCCCUUGUUUUGCAUGAAAAAAGUCAUUUGGAUAAUGGCAGAUACAGAGCGAGACUGUUAAUAGCAUUGUCAGCGCUCAGAAAAAUAUGUAAUCAUCCCGAUUUGUACUUAUAUACGAGCUCAGUUGACUCGGAUGAGGAUGUCGAAGUAUCGGAAGAAACAUUGGAAAAGUUUGGGUAUUGGAAACGUUCUGGAAAGAUGACGGUGGUUCGGUCUCUCCUUAAAAUUUGGAAAAAACAAGGUCACAGAGUACUACUGUUCACUCAAGGAAGACAGAUGAUGCACGUAUUAGAAUCUUUAGUUCAGAGUGAGGAAUAUACGUAUUUGAGGAUGGAUGGAACUACUCCCAUGACACAUCGCCAAGAAAUAAUCCGUUUGUUUAAUUGUGAGUCUUCAUACUUUGUGUUCCUAUUAACUACUCGCGUCGGUGGUUUAGGAGUUAAUUUGACUGGAGCAAAUCGAGUGAUUAUUUAUGACCCAGACUGGAAUCCAGCAACAGAUGCUCAGGCAAGAGAACGUGCCUGGAGAAUAGGACAAAGUAAGAGAGUCACUAUUUACAGACUUAUUACAGCUGGUACUAUAGAAGAAAAGAUAUAUCACAGGCAAAUAUUUAAAUUACUUCUGUCCAAUAAAGUAUUGGAAGAUCCUCGUCAACGAAGAUUAUUCAAAACUUCCGAUUUGGUAGAACUUUUUAACUUACACGAGUCAAUUGAUGGGAAUUCCACCGAAUCAGACCAAUUGUUCCGUGAAUCUAAAUUAACUCCAACCGUUGCUAAGUUCUCGACAAGUAAGAUUGAAAAAAUGCGCAAACUGGCAGCUACGCUUAGUAAAAAUAUAAGUCAAAAUACUUCGAGUUCUGCAUCCGCGACACAAUGUGCGACUAGUUCAAAGAAAAGUUGUAUUCGAAAUAAUGAUAGCGUCCAAGAUAAUAUGAAAAAUAUUAAUCAGUUAUCUAGGGAUAGCAUAAUGGAAAAAGAGACUGAAACUGAAUUUCAUAAGCAAAAUGAAGAUACCUCUGAAAUACAAAAAGAUACUGAGUCGAAUAUGGAGGAAAGCAAAAUCUCAGAAAGUAGUAAAGACAAUAUGUCAGUCGUAAAUAAUGCAUCUUACAGUAAUAAUAAUGUAGAAAAUAAGACAAUUUGUACUCAGACUGACACGAAAACAGAAGGGAUGCAAUGCGAAAGUAAUUUACAAAGUUCUUCGUUCAAUCGUUCCAAAACAACGGAAGCUUCAGACAUAAGGAACGAAACAAUUUCUUCCAAUAGCAAUGAAAACAUGAAAGGGAAAUCGAAUAAAACACAUCAUAAACACAAACGAAAGAAGAAAAGUUCUGUAACAAAAAAGGAUGAGGUGUCUGCCGUAUUUGAAGGAGAACGUGUGUCAUAUUUAAUUGGCCGCCGUCUUGGACGGUCUGAAAAAGACCAGGUCACAUCAUCUGAAGAUGAUCAAUACGUGUUGGAAAAGCUAUUCGCUAAAGCAACUGUUACUUCCGCUUUCCAACAUGAAACAGUAUUGUCGAAUUCAGCAUAUAAUACAGGCGAUGAUCCAAUGCGACGAUUAGCCCGGGAAACGGCACAAAAAAAUAUGGAUCACAUUCGUAAGUCUCGAAAAUGGUGUUGGAGACCCACAUGGGAAUCUUCGUCCUCGAAAGACGAUUAAUCACUUUUGUUAUAAUAUACUGCAGGUUAAUAUUUAACUUCAAUGUAUGUUGUUUGUCAAAUAUUGGAAUCUUUCAAUA